GAAACCUUUGUUAAUAUAAAUGCCUUGGUAUAAAGCUAAAUAUAUAAUAUAUAGACAGGCGGAUAAAUGAAGAAAUAAGUAAACUUGUUAAGUAGAAACUCCUCAUUUAAAAAGAUGAAACCGUGUAAAUUAUGAAAAGGUGGACCUUACAAACGUAUUGGAAAAUACUAUUGUGUGCUAAUUCUAGUCGGUUGGAAAAGUGAUAAGAAAAAAUACUAGACAAAUAACUUGAUAGUAAAUCUACCAUACAUACUCAAAUGUGUUUUAGUCUGUAUUUAUGAUAACAUUGCUUCUUAAUUUGUGGUCGAUUGAUACGAGCAUUAAAGGAAGCUUGCUUAAAUUAAAAUUAUUAUGACAUUUUAAGAUACAUAGACCUUUUAUUUAAAUUUACAGAAAGAUCUAAGAAACUUUACAAGCACUUUUCAAUAUAAACGAGUAGACUAACGAGUUUCAUAGGAUUUGAAAAGUGCAUAAUUAGAAAUACGAAUAGGCAGAUAGACUGGUCCAGAAAAAAAAUCAGAAAUUAGUACGAUGCUAUAUUUCAUGUAGAUCUAAAACUAUAAUCAAUGCAGUAUUUAGUAGUAACUUUCGAAAUAAAAAAGUUAGUGUCGACAAAUACUUUGCGCAUGACGUCGUAGGAAGCCUGUCACGUAUUAGCAUCCUUUACCGAGGAAAAGCUCUCAAAAUACGAAGAACUUUAUAAAGUCAACGCCGGUUGCUGAAUUCUGCGAAAGUACAUGUAUUACUUGCAGUCAGAAUAUUCACCUUCAAGGACGACGAAAACAAAAAUAAAAAGGAUAAGAAUUAAUUUUUAGCUUUCUUGACUUUAACUUUAGGCUAGUUUAAUUAUGCGUUUUUAUCUAAAAAGAACAGUUUCAUGGGUCGUAUUGAUUCUCUCAAUUUUAGUUACGAUUGAUUGGGUUUUAUUGAACAGCUCAAGUCCUUCUUUUACCGAUAAGAGACAGUUAUCUUUACGAAAACGAAAAAAACCUGAUGUAUUUAAUUCUACAAAAAUAGUAGAUCUACAUACCACACGAAAUAAAUCUGAUUACAUAGGAAAUUUACAAGUUAUAUCACGAGGAAAUCUGCACGAGACUUCCCAAGGAAUUUCAAAUCUUAUCUGGCCGAAUAGGUUUUCUUAUGAUAAUGACAGAAUUGUCAAUCAGUUGAAAUUCAAACUUAACAAUCAAAGUAGAACAGACGGAAAACAACCAAAAAAUAUUCCGAUGAAGAUGAUAUUUAUAGAUUCUGGAUUUAGCGAUAAACCAUCCGGACGAACCAUGUUUCUAGAAGAUAAAUGUAACGUGGACACUUGCGAGAUUACGCGAGUUCGAAAAUAUUCUAAAACUGCAGAUGCCAUAUUUUUUCAGUCAUCUAUGAGAGCUGAUUCUUACCAGAAAUCUCCUCAACAGAUUUGGAUCAUUUUUAUGCUUGAGUCCCCAUACAAUACUUUUGCUUUAAAACCAGACUCGGCCCCUAGCUUGUUUAACUGGACUGCAACCUAUCGACAUGACUCUGAUAUAGUCGCUCCAUACGAGAAAUUCGUUCGAUAUGACGAUAACAUCAAAUUUCUUCCGCAAAAUAAAAGCUACGCUCAGAAUAAAAGUAAAAAAGUAGCUUGGUUUGUAUCAAAUUGUGGGGCAAGAAAUCAACGACGAGAAUAUGCCCGUGAACUAUCGAAAUAUAUUCGAGUGGAUAUAUAUGGACAAUGUGGAACCUUGAAAUGUCCAAGAAAAGAUCAAAAGUGUUUUGAAAUGCUUAAUACAGACUAUAAAUUCUACCUGGCAUUUGAGAACUCUAACUGUCGAGACUACAUCACUGAAAAAUUCUUUGUGACUGGGCUUCAGCAUGACGUCAUUCCAAUCGUAAUGGGAGCUGCCCCUGAAGACUAUGCUCGAGCGGCCCCUCCUCAUUCUUUUAUUCAUGUCGACGAUUUCGAAUCCCCAGAACAACUUGCUCAAUACCUACAUAAAUUAGACCAAAAUGAUGAUCUCUACAAUGAAUAUUUCCGUUGGAAAGGCACGGGAUCAUUUGUCAAUACAUUCUUCUGGUGCCGUGUUUGUGCCAUGUUGCACGAUACUUCACGAGAAUCCCAUAGCUACCGUGACUUAGAGAAAUGGUGGCGAGGAGACGGUGUUUGUAUAGGAAAAGACAAUUGGAGAAUACGAAAACGGACUUCAAAAUAUAUUUCAAGCGAUUAUCUGGCAUAGAUGUACACCUUAUCAAGCUGUUAGUUUACAGGUCCGUGGGAACGGGUGGUUACUACAUUUAAUCAUUAAAUUGCUGACUAUGGUAAUCCAAAGUAUUUGUAACACGCUUAAAAUAGUAGUGUGCACCAUUUUGUUAACCUCAAAAUUAGACACAAUUUGCAUAUUUAGAUAUUUAUAAACUCUGGAGUGUUAAGUAAUGAAUAAACAGAUAUAAAAAAAAACAACUAUUAAACUCUUAACAUCAAUCAAAUUUAUUACGUAUAAGGACUGAACGUUAAAUGAAAAUUAUCGCAUGGUUUGCAGGUUUUUCUUUGCUCUCACUAACCAAUUAUAUUCAGUACACUUUCAAACUGUAUGUAUAGGAUAUCGACCGAGUACGAGGUCUUUCUGUUUAGGAAAGACCUGGUCACGAUUUUCAUUUGACACCGAGAGGUCUUUCCUAAACAGAAAGAUCGAUGUACGAGGCCGAUAUCCAACUUACAAACCGUAAACCUAUAUUGGCUUGAGCAAUGGCUGAUCCGAAACAUUUCAUGCAAUGCAAUAUUUUUAACACAACACAUAUACAGGUUAGCUUUCAUCAACGUUCUAUAUACUUUACUUUUCCCUAAAAAAGCUAAAUGUGCAAUUUGUCAAUAAUAAAGUGAAAAGGUCUGUAAUGGAAGGUAUGUUUAAGAAUGAAUAAUUAUGUUGAUAGUAUUUUGUAUCAGAUAAUGCAGAUUCUAGGACAUUUGUCCCCGGACAGUUGCGCCCCCCCCCCCCGGGACGUUUGCCUCUUUAUUUGCUGUUGUCACUUGUAAGAGGUCUUUGUCAGAGAGUAACUUUAUUAACAUUUUAAAAUCGUAAUAAGUAUGCUGUGAUUACUGCUACAUAGUUUCGUAGAUAUGAACUUGAAGCGUCCAUCUUAAUGACAGAAGAACCACUUAGAUAUCUAUUACUUUAAAAAAAAAUGACGCAUUUAAUAAAUGUUAAAUGUGUCCUAACUUUGAUAUGCUAUCCAUUAUUUUUUUUAUUCAAAGAUUUAAUAUAGGGAUGCUGGAAUAAUUGCUUAGUGCAUUCAAUAAACAUUAAUUUGUUUAAAAAAUGUAUCCCGAUUUUGUAAGACAGGAACAUUAUGACAAUCAUUUACAUUUUAUUACAAUUUUAUUUCAUGUUUUCUUUGUCUGCCUAUUUUGUUUUGUUUGCAGGCCUAUUUUUUCACGUGUAUUUCAUGACCAGGGGUCGGUAUCUCGAAGCUAGCAUAACGACUGUUAAGGUUUUCGCUGCUCUCUCGAAGCUUUUAUUAUGAACGAAUAAUCGUUAAUAUGCCCAAUUUUUAACGGAUGCCUAGAGGGUGUCGUAAAGCUCUUGUUGCUAUCACUUUGGCACAAAAGAAAAAAUGCUGCGAUUUUAAAAUAGACAGAAAAUGAUAAUUAUAUCCACUUAUUGAUAAAAAAAAAAGAUACACCUACAUAAAUAUGAUACUUAUUUCUUUUUCUCACACAUCAAACAUAUGUAAGAGCUCUUUAAGUUUACAUAAAGAACUAUAUUUGAAUGCGGAUGAAAAAAAAAAUCAUAUCAUAACUCAUAACAUCGAAAGGAAUAAACUUCGUAAUGUGUAAUUUUGCACAAGAAAAUAUAAAUAAAUACCUGCAUGUACAUAAUGUUAAAAAUGUAACAAAUUCGGAUUUUUUUACAGAAUUAUAUUUGAAAAGUAAACUGUGACGUAAUGAUUUAAUGACAUCAUGAAGAAAAACUUAUUACGUUACGGCAACAAAUAGGCAUGAAAUAUUAUAAUAAUAAUAAUAAUAAUAAUAAUAAUAAUAAUAAUAAACUCUUUAUUUCAUGAAGGUAACAUAUUAAGAAAUACAUAUCUUAUUUACAAUAUGGCCUUCAAUUAAACAAGAUAAUGAAAUUCACAAAUAUGUACACACAUAUCAAAAACAUAAACAACAACCAUUCAAAUUGACAGACACAUGCAUACAUCAGAUUCAUUUAAAUUGUAUAUCAAGUAAAUAUUUUUCAUAUUUCUUUUAAAAGCAUAUAGAGACGAAGACUCUUUAAUAUAUAAAGGUAAAUUAUUCCAUACUUGCAUUGCAUUAUUUCUAAAAGUUCUUUUAACAUAUUUUGUAUUAGAUCUUACAUGUAUUAUGUUUCUCUAAGUGUAUACGUUUUUUCGAGAACACUAUGAUAUCUGAAAUGUAGGAAGGAGUCAACCCUUGUAUAGAUUUAAAUACUAAUAAUGCUGUAUGAUACGUGCAUCUAUUUUCAAAAGUUAACCAGUUUAAUUUAAGGGAAAGCUGUAAAGAAGGCGUUUUAACUCGUUUACACAAUAUUAUUUUUGCUGCGCGUUUCUGCAGUUUAUUCACUUUUUCAAAUUCAGUUUUAUUACAAGUACUCCAUAUAAUACAACAAUAAUCAAAACAAGGUAAAAUAUAAGCAUUGUAAAACAUUUCUUUCAUUUCAGCGGAUAAAAAGUACGAUAUACGCUUUAAGAGAGCAAUUUGUUUUUGUAAUUUAGUACAGACGUGCUUUAU